UUCGCGCGUGAGCCGCGCGGGCGCUGGGCCUGGCUUCCGAGCUCUCCCGGCCGGCGAGCAGGUCGUCGACGCCGGCUCCCGGAGGAGCGCGGGGAGGAGGGAGGUGUCGGUGUCCGCGGGGGCGUAGCAGACGGCGGCCCCGGCCAUGGAAGAGACGCAGCCGCUUCCGCAGUCCGAGCUGCCGUUAUGCGACAGCCUCAUCAUCUGGCUGCAGACAUUCAAUACUGCUGCACCUUGUCAAGAUGUCAAACAGCUGACUAACGGAGUUGCCAUGGCUCAAGUUCUUCAUCAAAUUGAUGUAGCUUGGUUCGAUGAAUCUUGGUUAAGCCGAAUUAAAGAAGAUACCGGUGACAACUGGAGAAUAAAGGCUAGUAAUUUAAAGAAGGUACUGCAAGGAAUUAUGAGUUAUUACAAUGAGUUUUUGGGACAGCAGAUUUCUGAAGAACUUAUCCCUGAUUUGAACCAAAUAACAGAAUGUUCAGAUUCUGUGGAGCUUGGGAGGCUGCUCCAGCUUAUUUUAGGUUGUGCUGUCAAUUGUGAAAAGAAGCAAGAACAUAUUCAAAAUAUAAUGACACUGGAAGAGUCUGUUCAACAUGUGGUCAUGACUGCUAUUCAGGAGUUGAUGAGCAAAGAAAUAUUGAGCUGUCCCACAAAUGAUGCUGUCGGAGAGUUAGAGCAACAGCUUAAAAGGGCCUUGGAAGAACUUCAGGAAGCACUGGCAGAAAAAGAAGAACUGAGGCAAAGGUGCCAAGAACUGGAUUUGCAGGUGACUGCACUUCAAGAUGAAAAGAAUUCAUUAGUUUCUGAGAAUGAGAUGAUGAAUGAAAAACUUGACCAGUUGGAUGGCUCUUUUGAUGAUCCAAAUACAGUGGUUGCAAAAAAGUAUUUUCAUGCACAGUUACAACUAGAGCAAUUACAGGAAGAAAACUUCAGGCUUGAAGCUGCAAAAGAUGAUUAUCGUGUUCACUGUGAAGAACUUGAAAAGCAACUAAUUGAAUUCCAGCAUAGGAAUGAUGAACUGACUAGUCUUGCUGAAGAAACAAGAGCCCUGAAAGAUGAAAUAGACGUCCUUAGGGCUACCUCUGAUAAAGCAAAUAAACUAGAAUCAACAGUGGAGAUAUAUCGUCAGAAAUUACAAGAUCUGAAUGACCUUCGCAAGCAGGUGAAAACUUUACAAGAAACAAACAUGAUGUAUAUGCAUAACACAGUCAGCUUAGAAGAAGAAUUAAAGAAGGCAAAUGCAGCACGUACUCAGUUAGAAACGUACAAGAGGCAGGUUCAAGAUCUUCACAAUAAACUUUCCUCUGAAUCCAAAAGGGCAGAUACACUAGCAUUUGAAAUGAAGCGGCUUGAAGAAAAACAUGAAGCAUUACUUAAGGAAAAAGAGAGACUAAUAGAACAACGUGAUACUUUGAAAGAAACGAAUGAAGAGCUUCGAUGUUCACAAGUACAACAAGACCACCUGAACCAAACAGAUGCAUCGGCUACAAAAAGCUUUGAGAAUCUCGCUGCUGAGAUUAUGCCUGUGGAAUACAGGGAAGUGUUUAUUCGACUGCAACAUGAAAACAAAAUGCUUCGCUUACAACAGGAAGGUACUGAGAACGAGCGUAUUGAGGAACUUCAGGAACAGCUCGAGCAGAAGCAGCGCAAGAUGAAUGAACUGGAAACCGAGCAAAGGCUGAGCAAAGAGCGCAUCCGAGAGUUGCAGCAGCAGAUUGAGGACCUCCAGAAAUCUUUACAGGAACAAGGCUCCAAGUCUGAAGGAGAAAGUUCCAGCAAACUAAAGCAGAAGUUGGAAGCUCAUAUGGAAAAACUAACUGAGGUCCAGGAAGAAUUACAGAAGAAACAAGAACUCAUCGAAGAUCUCCAGCCAGAUGUAAACCAGAAUGUACAAAAGAUCAAUGAACUUGAAGCUGCUCUUCAGAAGAAAGAUGAAGAUAUGAAAGCAAUGGAGGAAAGAUAUAAAAUGUACUUGGAGAAAGCAAGGAAUGUAAUAAAAACUUUAGAUCCCAAAUUAAAUCCAGCAUCAGCUGAAAUAAUGCUACUUAGAAAGCAGUUGGCAGAGAAAGAGAGAAGAAUUGAGAUUCUGGAGAGUGAAUGUAAAGUAGCAAAAUUCCGUGAUUAUGAAGAAAAACUCAUUGUUUCUGCCUGGUACAAUAAGAGUCUCGCGUUCCAGAAGCUGGGGAUGGAAUCUAGGCUCGUGAGCGGCAGCAGUUCUUGCCGGGACCCUGGCGCAUGCGUUCCCGCUCGGUCUUUCCUGGCUCAGCAACGGCACAUCACCAACACCAGAAGAAAUCUCUCUGUUAAGGUUCCUGCUACAACACCUGAUUAAACUACAAAAGAAAACAUAAACAGAAGUGCCCUUAAAAUAUUUUGUUUUACCUCUGGCCUCAAAUCUGUCAUCAGAUGGAUCUACUUUAUCAUGUAAUGGAAGAUACAACAUUUGGAAGAUUUGACUAUUGAAAUGACUUUUUGCCAUAGUAAAAGUGACUGAUUAGAGAUUUUGCAAAUUCAGGAAACUUCAUAGUUCUCACAUGUACCUACUGUAGAUAAGGGCUUCUGUACAGCAUGGUUGAAAUGUUAAGGGUAUGGAAAUAAGCCUACUUUUAUAAGUGAUUUUUCUGAGGGGAAGUAAGGCAAAAAAUAUAAUUUGUGUGAAACGUCCACACAUGUUUUAAUAUAAUGAUUAUAACUAUUGCUUUUAAGCAUAAAAUUAUCAGGGCAUUUGCUAAAAAAACAUGCUGUAAUAGUUUCUCCUCUUGACUGCAAAGACAUGGUGCAGUGAUGGAAUCAUCUGGAAUCAGUCUGAUUUUGUUUACAAAUUAAGGAAUCUGUCUGGGACUGAGUUUAUGGUAUUCAGUUCACUUCUCUCCAGAGCUUUUAUUUUCAGUGGUGUUAUUUUCUAACUUUUUUGGUCAUUUUUUGGAGUCACACUUUAGAUCUUGGGUUGAGUCUGUGCUGUCCAGCAUUAUAGCCACAAGCCACAUGUGGCGAUUUAAAUAAGAUUAAUUAAAAUUAAAAAAUUCAGUUCCUUGGUCACAUCAGCCACAUUUGAAACGCUCAACAGCCACAUGUGGCUGAUGGCUCCAGUAUUGGAAAGUGCAGAUAUAAAAAAUUUCCGUCAUUGGGAAAAGUUCCUUUGGACAGUGCUGUACUAAACCUUUCUUUAGUAACUUGGAAAUACUCUUUGAUAUUAGAACACAAACUGAAAAAGAAGAAAGCUGUUUGGACUCUCAGAUAUGAAAAGGAAUUGAAUUGUGGCAUAAUUAGUAUUUUGCAUUCCUUAUAGCUGAAUACCUUACGUUGUGACCUUCGUAGUUAAUCUUUCCAGUGCCGUUCAACAACUGCAUACCUGUCGGCAUAUCUCUGGACUAGGGGUUAGCAAACUUUUUGUAAAGAGAUGGAUGGUAAAUAGUUUAGUAAAUACUCAAGGCUUUUUGAGCCAUAUGAUCUCUCCCAAGUACUGGACUCUGCUUUCAGUGUGAAAACAGCAACCAUCAACAACAUAUAAACAAAAUGGGUGUUGUUGCAUUUCAGUAAAAUUUUAUUUACAAAACUGGCAGGAGGAAUGGAUAUGGCCUGCAGGCCGUAGAACCCUGGUCCAGAUUUUAUAUUCAGCCUCUCUUUGCACACGUGAGUAUUGUUCCAUUUACAGUAUUAUUGAUUUCCAUACUUGGUUCUUAGAUUAUCUACUGGUACAUUUUUUCUAAUCACUGAAAACACAAGAAUUUCAUACUGCAUUUAGGUCUUUUACGAUUAGGGAGCAUCUGUCUGGAUAUAUUGUUUCAUCAGGGUUGCUUCUGUUGACUACCUCUUAGAUUUUGAUGGUUUUUAUUGGUGCAAUUAUAUUGUUGGUUUGCAUUUUUGUAUUUUCCUAUAGUCUGCUUGCCUGCAACUUUUAGUGAAAUGAAAUAGCCCUUUGAAGAUAUUUUAGCAUGCUAAUUGAAAUUUUCCAAAUAUUA